CUUCCCGAUUGUGCGAGUGUUUUCACGUUUGACUUGCGUUUCGCAUAACGAUGCAGCGAGUGACGCUCUCCUUGGCCUGGCCUCUGCUCCGGAGAAAGGCUUUCUGGGGCUGGAGACCAUCUGCGGCCAUGUCUAGCCUUCUCAUUCAGCAGCCCAAAUACAGCUGGCUGAAAGAGUUGGGGCUGAAGGAAGACAACCCCGGCGUGUUCAACGGGAGCUGGGGAGGGAGUGGAGAGGUAGUCACUUCCUAUUGUCCAGCAAACAAUGAACCAAUAGCCAGAGUAAGACAGGCCACUUUGAAAGAAUAUGAAGAAACGGUACAAAAGGCCAAAGAAGCGUGGGAUGCAUGGGCUGACAUUCCAGCACCAAAAAGAGGAGAAAUAGUGCGACAAAUUGGUGAUGCUCUCAGAAAGAAACUUAAAGUCCUGGGCAACCUGGUUUCUUUGGAGAUGGGGAAAAUUUCUGUUGAAGGGGUAGGAGAAGUUCAAGAAUAUAUAGAUAUUUGUGACUAUGCGGUUGGACUAUCACGAAUGUAUGGAGGACCUGUACUACCAUCUGAACGUCCGGGACAUGCUCUCAUUGAACAGUGGAAUCCACUAGGUCUGGUAGGAGUCAUCACUGCAUUUAACUUCCCAGUGGCUGUUUAUGGCUGGAACAAUGCUCUUGCACUUGUCUGCGGAAACUGUUGCCUAUGGAAAGGAGCGCCAACCACACCUCUCACAAGUGUUGCUGUAACAAAAAUUGUUGCACAGGUUUUGGAAGAUAAUAAAUUACCCGGGGCGAUUUGUUCCUUAACCUGCGGAGGUGCUGACAUUGGUACUGCAAUGAGUAGAGAUGAGCGAAUAAAUCUCUUGUCCUUUACUGGAAGUACAAAUGUUGGAAAACAAGUUUCUUUAGUAGUUCAGGAGCGAUUUGGACGACAACUUCUGGAGCUUGGUGGCAAUAAUGCUAUUAUUGUGUUUGAUGAUGCUGAUCUGAACAUGGUAAUUCCAUCUGUUCUGUUUGCUGCUGUGGGAACUGCAGGACAGAGGUGCACAACAACCAGGCGCCUGUUUUUACAUGAAAGCAUUCACGAUGAGGUGGUGGAAAGACUGGUCAAGGCUUACAGACAGGUCCGAAUUGGAGAUCCAUUGGACUCUAAUACUUUAUAUGGCCCCCUUCACACUAAGCAGUCAGUGGAGAUGUACAAAAAUGCAGUGGUCCAGGCCCGAGAGCAAGGUGGCAAUGUGGUUUGUGGUGGAAAGACAAUUGAUCGCCCAGGAAACUAUGUAGAACCAACUAUUGUAACUGGACUUCCCCACGAUGCAACCAUUGUUCAUACUGAGACGUUUGCACCAAUUCUUUAUGUUCUCAAAUUUAAGUCAGAGCAAGAAGCAUUUGCGUGGAACAAUGAGGUCAAACAAGGUCUCUCCAGCAGCAUCUUCACCAAGGAUGUAGGUAGAAUGUUCCGUUGGCUUGGACCCAAAGGUUCAGAUUGUGGAGUUGUAAAUGUCAACAUUCCAACCAGUGGUGCUGAAAUUGGAGGAGCUUUUGGUGGAGAAAAACACACGGGUGGAGGCAGAGAAUCUGGCAGUGAUGCUUGGAAGCAUUACAUGAGGAGAUCUACCUGCACCAUCAACUACAGCAAGGAACUUCCUCUGGCACAAGGAAUCAAGUUUGAAUAAAGAGGAUUCGUGAUUUUAUAGCAACUAUCAAGACUUUGAAUGUGAAACAAUGAAAGACUACAAUAAUUUUCAGAACCGGAAUUAAAUCAUGUGCUGCAAUAUUUAGAAUCAGUUAAAAUGAUUUGAUGUAUAAAGUACCAGACUUUGACAUUUGGACUUUCUGUUUUUCUUCAGCUUUUCAGAGUUGAGACUGUAAUGAACAACAUCUGUUUGUCAUUACUAACAAUGUUAGUAUAUCCAACAAUGUAUUCAGAUUCUCUCUCCAGUGACAACUAAACUGAAAAUAAAACCUGAAGCUUUCAAAUGA